GUGCUCUUCGGCGCAAUCCCCUGGAUCGAGCACCGGCCUCGCCAUAUCAGGUCCGCGCUUUUCCAGACACUGCCCGCUUUGCUCUGCUCCCGUCUCCCCAACGCCGGACCGCCUUUCCUCGAGCCCGCAAGCAGCCCGCGAUGGUCCAGUCGCUCUUGCCCAUCCUGGGCAUCCUGCUUAUCUGCCCUUCCAGCACGGGCCCCCAGUUUGUUUUCUCUUAUCCGGCUGACAAAGUCCGCUAUCGAUACGAAAUCCUAAAAUCCGAGUCCGACAGCGAUGCCGGCACACGCAAGCAGGCCAGCUCCUCUAGCAGCAACGCCCCCCAAAAGCUUGUGGAGGAGUUUCUGGGAUUCGAAACCAGUGUGCUUUCGGAUCUCUUAAUCCCCAAUGCCUCGACCCUCUGCGAUAAGAUGUUCCGGCUCGCCAUCGACGAGGUCACCUUCGUUGGUCACCCAACGCUUCUUCGCGCCGACCGUCCCGGCACAGGCCAUCGAUUUGCGCGGCUCAUCCAGAGGAUGUCUGCGCAUUCCGACGACGACGACACAUCAAAGGACAUGGGUGCUGAGAAAGAGUCGCAUUGGGAGUCUGACCAUCAGGGCUCGCACCAGGACAGCAAAUCGGCGACCACAGGCUCAGCCCAUCCUGGCCAAAGCGAUCAGUCCUUGCUGAGCAUGUUCAAUCUCGUCGUGGCCAUGCAGCCAACUGGGACCAAGCCCUUUUCAGACGAAGUCAAGGAGGUCUAUGUGAAUGUCAUCUCCAAGAUCACCGCUGGGCUCAAAUACGAGCAGCUUAAGCGUGGCUAUAUCGACCAGCAAUGCGACGUCAUUACCCGGUUAAAGGAGCAGCUGAAGCCCAGACACCACCCUGAAGAACGGGCGCCGGCCGAGGUGAUAGACAAAAUCCUCGCCGAAAGCUCGCUUGCUCGACUCAUGGCCAACAUCUACACCUCCAUCAACUCGCACUCGACGAUCUCGUGGGUUGUGAACCACUCCCUGGAUGCAUCACUCCACCUUCCGAGGUGGAAAACAGUCAACACCACCUCGAAGCCGCUUUCGUUCGCUGGUGACUACGAGAACAGCCGCGAGCCGCAGCUGCUGUUGAGCCAGUCGGGCGCAUUCGGCGAAGUCUUUCACGAAGAAAUCUAUCCCGUCUUGCGGCCAUACAAGACUCUCCUCCUUCUCUGUGACAAGGAGGACCUGUUGAAUCAGCUUCCAUUGGAUAGUUCGUACAUGUUCGUCGAGCUCAUUCAGAACGCGGAUCCGACCGUGUGCUUUAAAGACAUGGCCGCUUUAUUGGACUGCUCGCUACCGCAGCUGUACCGACUGGUCGCCCAUCUGGUUUACUGGAACAAAGCGAGGAUCAUCCACACGAUUCACAGCAAGGGCAUCUAUGCGAUUGCUCCAGGAAUGGAUCUCUCGGCGCUCCGCGAGCUAUCUGCCGACUUUACCUCCAGAUUUCACAAGGAUGAUCUCGUGAGGAUUGUCACCGAAAUCACAAUCAGUUCGCCCGUUGGCGCUGGCUUUCUCAGCUCCAAAUCCAAAAACGAAAAGUCUCUCUAUCUCAAAAUCAUCGCGUAUUUGUUGCGCCAUGACAUCAUUGUCCAGCUCUAUCACUAUCUCUUCUCGGCUGCCAACUUUGAUGUUCUGGAGCCACCAAGCAUAUCAUCGACACCGGAACAGGCGAAUCAGCCUGGCGAACCACCGCGAGCCUCUGACGAAGCGCGGUCGACUGAGCUCGAAUUCCGUGAGCGACUGAUCAAGUACGCCAAUGGCCAGUUCCAUCUGGAUGAAAUAGCGUUCCUCGAGAAAGUGGGCAUAAAACGGAUCAUGACUACCGUUGCGAAUGUCAACGGUCUGAUGCUAGUGCUCCUCGGCGAAAGUGCCUGAACUUGGCAAUGCUGACGCCAGAGUCGUGCUGCUUCUUCGACCAUCUCUCUGCCAUCCCUUCGUGAAGUCAUAUUUGUCGGUAGCAAGUUGUCAGCGUCUCCGGACGACAAUCUCGGUUGCCGAGGAUCCUCGGGCGGCUUGCGCAUCUCUGUUAGGCCAUAACGUGUCUGUUAUCUAUGGAGCUCGGCCUCUCACGCACAAAGAGUCCCUUGUAGUCAAGGCGUGCCACCAAAGGCCUUGGUUUGGC